AUGGACUUCUCCAAGUUUGGCAAGAAUCUCUCGUAUGUCUCCGAAGCUGUCGCUAUCGCUUGGUUGCGCAAGCUUCCCUCCCCCCACGUUGGCAAUCAGGGUCAAGCUCUAGCUAACACGAUGCCGCGUUUGCGCUCCGGCAGCAACUUUGGCGCGCAGAUCACGCCGUUUGCGUCGCGCACCUUCCAGUACACCAAGGAACAGUUUGGUCAGACCGAGGACAAGACUCAGCUGCCCGCCGACUACAUCGACCUCGAGAAGAAGGUCGACGCCCUCAAGCAGGCUCACCAGAAGAUGCUCAAUGUUACCUCGCCUCUCGUCCCCGGCCGCAGCCAGCAAUACUCCAACGAAGCGUACGACUACCCCCCGAACGUGAAGGAAACAUUCCAGGAUCUCGGACGCACCGUCAGCGAGAAGGUCUCCCUCCUGUCUUCUGCGACUAGCACCGCCGAAGCUCAGGCUGCCCUCGUCGCUCCCCCAUCGGCCAAGCCCCAGCCGAAGACCUUUAGCCAUGCCAUUGCCCGCGCCAGUCUCGCCUCCAGCCAGACCCUGCACCAGAACCACACCGGUGCUGGCGAGGACCCUCUGGCCACCGCUCUCGAGAAGUACGCUCUCUCCAUGGAGCGCGUCGGCGAGGCUCGUCUGGCCCAGGACUCUCAGAUCCAGAGCCGCUUCCUCGCCGGCUGGAACACCACCCUCAACACCAACAUCAUGUUCGCGACUCGCGCCAGAAAGAACGUUGAAAACUCCAGACUCUCCCUGGAUGCAGUCAAGGCUCGCGUCAAGGGUACCACUUUCAAGCUUGGCCAGGGCUCUUCUGCUGCUGCUCACGAGGAGCCCGAGCUCAGCCCCGAGGCCCAGGAGGAGAUUGAGAAGGCCGAGGACGAGUUUGUCACGCAGACCGAGGAGGCUGUCGGUGUCAUGAAGAACGUUCUUGACACUCCUGAGCCGCUGCGCAACCUGUCCGAACUCAUCAAUGCCCAGAUUGAGUACCACAAGAAGGCUGCUGAGAUUCUCGGCGAGCUUGCCCCCAUUAUCGACCAGCUGCAGACUGAGCAAGAGGCGAACUAUCGCAAGGGUCGCGAAGAUGCUGCCUAA